AAGCAGGCUACUGUAGAUGUGAAAGGAAGAUUUUACGCAGAAUCUAUUAAAUGGUGCUGAUAAAUAAAUAUGUAUAUAAAAAUAUAUUCCACGACAAAAUUCUAUACACUUAACGUAACCUGGACACAGUGUGUUCCACGAAGUGGUUCUCGUUAAUUUGCUGUGUUAUUCUAUUUUCAUAUUAUAUGUUUGCAAUUCAGGUCAGAUUAACGAAACAGAUAAAGAACAGAGAAACUGUUUCAUCAAAUCCAACACGUGUGUUGACACGGAUCAAGACACUGAAGUAAGAUUACCUCAAUUUCUUUUCCGCUGUCUUUUUUUACGAGAAUGGAAUACUCAGCCGAUCAGCUUAACUUCUUCAGAUUGUGUAAUAUCGUCUUCAACAUCGUACCUGAAGGUUUACGAACGAUUUUCAAGCAAGAAUGGGAUGCUUUAUACACAACUACGCCUGGUCAGUGGGAUGACACGCCUACCAGUUAUAACAGAUUUUAUAACAAGGAGUCACCGAGGAAUCAGACAAGAAACAGACGGCUUCUUGGGUUAAUGACCAGUGGAGACAGAAUGAAUUGGGAUUGUACUUGUUUAUUUUAUGCCAUACUUUACUCAGAUAGUGUGGGGCCGAAAUUAACCACUGUUGUCAGUAAAAGCGUUGACGAAAUCCGUGAAAUUCGUAAUGAAUUGGCACAUAAUAAAACGGGAACGAUGAGCGACGCUGAGUUACAAACGUCGGUACAAAAGAUCAAGACAGAAUUCUCAUCUUUAAAGCUUGAUAUCACAAGUAUCGAGAAAAUCGAAAAGCAGAAGUGUUUCCCUACAGAGCACCUAACCACAAUCCAAGAAGAACUGCAGCAUACUAGAGAUGAACUAAAAAACGUCGAAAAAGAGUUGGAAGAUGAAAAGAAACGAAACGCUGAACCAAACUCUUUUU